AAUUCUGAAACUUUCUUCGCUGACAGCUCAUUUCUUGAAAAACUUUCUCAUUGGGUUUGUCCUUCAUCAUAUAGCAGCAGCAUUUUGGCCGUCGUCGUGUAGCAUUUCAUUUUUUUUUUAUACAAAAAAUUUAGUUUAGUUAUAAUUUGUAGAAUUUUCUACAAAAAAAAAAAACAUUCUUUCAUCUGCAAUAUCAAAAACAUUCCUUAAUUAUGGGACUCUUGUAUAGUAUAGGAGUUCGUUUAAUAAACUUUGUAGUAUUCUUUCUCAUUGUAAUUCUAAUACCCGGUAUUCCGCCACGGAACACUUUUCCAUUUGAAGCAUUCACUGUAACACCCGCAAAAGAACUUAAAGGUGCUUUAGAACCUAAUUUUCACCUUGAGGGAGCGGAAAAAUUACUCGAAGGCCGUGUUUAUGGCCCAGAGCAUUUAAUUGCAAGAAAAAAUGAGAUCUACACCGGAAUUUAUGGUGGCGAGGUGAUUAAACUAACUGCAGAUCAUGUUACGCAUGUUGCUAAGUUUGGACAACCUUGUGAAGAAAUCUUUGAAGAAUCAAGAUGUGGUCGACCUUUGGGCUUGGCUUUUGAUACACUUGGCAAUAAUUUGAUUGUUGUCGAUGCCUAUUAUGGUUUGUGGGAGGUUGAUCUUUCGAAUGGAAAGAAAAAACUUCUUAUCUCGGCACAACAAGAACUAGACGGUAAAGUUAAACGCAAGUCAAAGAUUUUCAAUUCAGUUGCUGUCGAUAAGAAGGGUGAUAUUUAUUGGACUGACUCAUCUUCUGAUUUCUUGUUGGAAGAUAUCGUUUAUACUGUGUUUGCUAACCCAUCAGGAAGAUUAUUCCACUACGACCGAGUGAAGAACGAAAGCAAAUGCCUCAUCGAUGAAUUAUUCUUUGCUAAUGGAGUUGCUCUUAGUCCAAAUGAAGAUUUUGUUGUUGUUGCGGAAACCGGCAGGUCCCGUCUAUUGAAAUAUCACCUCAAAGGUCCCAAGAAGGGUCAACAUGAGGUCUUCGUUGAUGGUUUACCCGGACUUCCCGACAAUCUCACACCAGACAGCGAAGGAAUUUGGAUUCCACUUUUAGUUUUCAAAGAUGCCGAUCAUCCAUCAAUCUUUGCCAUGUUCUCUGAAUUCCCAAACAUCCGUAAAUUCGUAUCGCGUUUGUUGGUUCUCUUCGAAAUGCCAUUCCGUAUGAUCAACGAUCUAUUCCCAAACACUUUCACUCAGCGAUUUGUCCAUGCCAUUGGCCAUGGUGAAGUUGUUGUGCCAUUUUUACCUAAGCGUUCGACAAUCGUUCGUGUUGACUGGAGUGGUAAUAUCUUAGGAUCUUUGCAUGGCUUUGAUAAGUCUGUUGGACAUGUUUCGCAUGUGCUUGAACUGGAGGAUAAUUUACUUUUGGGAUCACCUUAUAAUCGUUUUAUUGGAAGGGUUAAGCUGCCAAAAUCACCUCAAAUAAAAGUCCGUAAUGUAAGGUAUGAAAAUGCUAAUAUCGAACCUGUUGUCCCAGUUGUUGCUGCGAAACCUACAACUACGACUGCUAGACCAACAACUACCACUACAACAACCACUCCAAGACCAACGACAACAACACCAAAGCCAACUACCACUCCUAGGCCAACCACAACGACAACAACUACCCCAAAACCGACCACAACAACUCCGAAACCAACAACUACAACUCCAAAACCUACAACAACAACUCCGAAACCAGUAACAACAACACCUAAACCUGCACCAAAGCCAGCAGCUAAGCCAACCCCCGCUCCAACACCAGCACCUAAACCAACUCCAGCAGCUAAGCCAACUCCUAAACCUACACCUACACCAUCCAAACCAACUCCACAACCCGCCACACCUAAGACAACACCUCGUACUCCACCCAAAGACCCAGCACCAAUUGUUGAGAAAAUAACCGAAGAUACCAAACCUCCAGCACAAGAAAAAUUGAAGGUUAUCAAAAAAGGUGGCGAGCACGGUGAACUGUAAAAACGUAAAUCAGCCAUAACAUAAAAAACAAAUAACUUUCGUUGGCCUUUGACCAGGCAAAGCGCAAAGUUUUUAAACUACAAAUAACAACUUGAGCAUUAUGAACACAAAACAUACGAGCACGCAAUCAAUACACUACUCGGGGGAAAUCCUUUUAAAUGUUCAUACAAAAAUGAAAUUAAUUUUAAAAGAAUCUAAAGCACUUCGCUUUUGUUGUUUGUUAAAAAAAAACACACGAACAAAAAAAUCUCUUCAAAACAUUUUUUAAGUUUUUAUUUUUCUAUUGGUAUUUUGGAUUUUAAAUGUGAUCUAUUUUGAUUUAUGAAAUAUUUUUUAUAUCUUCUAUUCUCUAUCUACUAUACGUAAAAAUUAAGUAUAAAAAUGAUUAAAGAAAAUGAAAAAAGAACUA